AUGAUAAACGAUCUAAGAGGUUGGGGACGAAACGGAGCGAAGAUGUUGACGAAGUUUGAGACGAAGAGUAAUAGAGUUAAAGGUCUGAGUUUCCACAGCAAAAGGCCAUGGAUCUUGGCUAGUCUUCACAGUGGUGUGAUCCAGCUAUGGGAUUACAGGAUGGGCACUCUCAUUGAUCGUUUUGACGAGCAUGAUGGCCCUGUUCGUGGCGUACACUUUCAUCAAUCACAGCCUCUGUUCGUUUCGGGAGGCGAUGAUUACAAGAUCAAAGUUUGGAACUACAAACUGCAUCGGUGUUUAUUCACGCUUCUUGGCCAUCUUGAUUAUAUCCGGACUGUUCAAUUUCACCAUGAGAACCCCUGGAUUGUUAGUGCUAGUGAUGAUCAAACUAUCCGGAUAUGGAACUGGCAAUCCCGUACUUGUAUUUCUGUUUUAACAGGACACAACCAUUAUGUAAUGUGUGCUUUGUUCCAUCCCAAGGAGGACCUUGUUGUAUCAGCAUCAUUAGAUCAGACUGUUCGAGUUUGGGACAUUGGUGCUCUGAAAAAGAAAACAGUUUCCCCUGCUGAUGAUAUCCUUCGCCUCAGUCAAAUGAAUACAGAUUUCUUUGGAGGAGUUGAUGCUGUUGUGAAGUAUGUCUUGGAGGGCCAUGAUCGUGGAGUCAAUUGGGCAUCAUUCCAUCCCACUCUUCCUCUUAUUGUUUCUGGAGCUGAUGAUCGUCAAGUCAAGAUCUGGCGCAUGAAUGAUACCAAAGCUUGGGAAGUAGACACUUUGAGAGGUCACAUGAACAAUGUAUCAUGUGUUCUUUUCCACGCAAGACAAGACAUCAUAGUAUCAAACUCAGAGGACAAAAGCAUACGUGUUUGGGAUGCUACAAAAAGAACUGGCCUUCAAACAUUCCGCAGGGAACAUGACAGGUUCUGGAUACUCGGCUGUCAUCCUGAAAUGAAUCUUCUAGCAGCUGGCCAUGAUAGUGGCAUGAUUGUUUUCAAGCUGGAAAGAGAACGCCCUGCUUUCUCUGUUAGUGGUGAUUCCCUCUACUUCAUAAAAGACCGUUUUCUUCGGUUCUAUGAGUACUCCUCUCAAAAAGACACUCAAAUCCUCCCAAUCCGUAGGCCUGGUUCUACCACCCUAAACCAGGGCCCUAGAACCCUCUCUUACAGCCCUACAGAAAACGCGAUUCUUAUAUGUUCAGAAGUAGAUGGUGGGUCCUACGAACUCUACAUUGUUCCUAAAGAUAGUUUCAGUCGAGGCGAUACAGUUCAAGAGGCAAAACGUGGUGUCGGGGGAUCUGCAGUUUUUGUAGCUCGCAACAGAUUUGCAGUUCUUGAAAAAAGCACCAAUCAGGUGUUAGUGAAGAACUUGAAGAAUGAAAUCGUGAAGAAAAGCGCCCUUCCUGUUGUCACAGAUGCUAUAUUCUAUGCGGGUACAGGCAACCUACUUUGCAGGGCAGAAGAUAGAGUGUUCAUCUUUGACCUUCAACAGAGACUGGUUCUUGGGGACCUUCAAACAUCUUUUGUAAGGUAUGUUGUUUGGUCAAAUGACAUGGAGAGUGUUGCUUUACUUAGCAAACAUUCGAUAAUAAUAGCUGAUAAGAAACUUGCUCACCGGUGCACCCUUCAUGAAACAAUCCGUGUCAAGAGUGGUUCGUGGGAUGAUAAUGGUGUUUUCAUAUACACAACACUCACCCAUAUCAAGUACUGUUUGCCUAAUGGAGACAGUGGAAUCAUUAGGACACUUGAUGUUCCGGUUUACAUCACGAAAAUAUUCGGGAACACAAUCUUUUGCUUGGAUCGAGAUGGGAAAAACCGCCCGAUUGUUAUUGAUUCUACUGAAUAUAUCUUCAAGCUGUCUCUUCUGAAAAAGAGGUAUGAUCAUGUGAUGAGCAUGAUAAGGAACUCAGAGCUAUGUGGGCAAGCCAUGAUUGCUUACCUCCAACAAAAAGGUUUCCCAGAAGUCGCCCUUCAUUUCGUGAAAGAUGAAAGAACUCGUUUCAAUUUAGCACUUGAAAGUGGAAACAUUCAGAUAGCUGUUGCUUCUGCUAAAGAGAUCGAUGAGAAAGAUCACUGGUAUAGAUUGGGUGUUGAGGCCCUUCGUCAGGGCAAUUCUGGAAUUGUUGAAUAUGCAUACCAAAGGACGAAAAACUUUGAGAGGCUGUCUUUCUUGUAUUUAAUAACAGGAAACUUGGAUAAAUUGUCCAAAAUGAUGAAAAUCGCUGAGGUGAAAAAUGACGUUAUGGGACAAUUCCAUAACGCGUUGUACUUGGGUGAUGUUCAAGAAAGAAUCAAGAUUUUGAUAAAUGCAGGUCAUUUACCACUAGCAUAUGCUACAGCUCAGACCCAUGGGUUGACCGAUAUUGUAGAGGAACUUGCUGUCAAACUUGAAGGGAAUGUCCCUUCUUUGCCAAGUGGCAGGUCUAGUCAACUUUUGAUGCCCCCGACCCCCGUCCUAUGUGGCGGUGACUGGCCGUUACUAAGGGUCAUGAAAGGAAUCUUCGAGGGUGGUCUUGAUAAUGUUGGGAAGGGUGGAAAUGAAGAAUAUGAAGAUGCUGCUGAUGCUGAUUGGGGCGAUGGUUUGGAGAUUGGGGAUGAAGACAACAUUCAGAAUGGUGAUGUCACUGUGGUGUUGGAUGAUGACGAGGCGCCUGAAGAAAAUGAAGAGGGUGGUUGGGGUCUUGAAGACCUUAUACUUCCAGACAUCGAAACCCCGAAAGCCGCCACCUCUGCCACCCGUUCUUCUGUGUUUGUGGCCCCCACCGCCGGUAUGCCCGUCAGCCAGAUUUGGGUCCAGAAGUCAUCUCUCGCAGCUGAACACGCGGCGGCCGGAAACUUCGACACCGCCAUGCGGUUGCUCAGCCGGCAGCUUGGCAUAAAGAACUUCACACCGUUGAAAUCAUUGUUUCUUGAUCUUCACAUGGGGAGUCAUACUUUCCUGCGUGCUUUCUCUUCGGCUCCAUUGAUCUCAUUGGCCAUCGAGCGUGGCUGGAGUGAGUCAGCCAGCCCUAACGUCCGGGCCCCACCUGCACUCAUGUUCAAUUUCUCUCAGUUAGAGGAAAAACUCAAAGCUGGCUACAAAGCCACUACUACUGGUAAAUUCACUGAAGCCUUGCGUCUUUUCCUGGGUAUUCUCCAUACCAUUCCCCUGAUUGUCGUGGAGUCGAGGCGAGAAGUCGAUGAAGUCAAAGAAUUGAUCAUUAUAGUCAAAGAGUAUGUUCUUGGUCUACAAAUGGAACUCAAAAGGAGAGAGUUAAAAGACAACCCUAUUCGCCAACAGGAGCUGGCUGCAUACUUCACUCACUGUAACCUUCAACUCCCACAUCUAAGACUUGCACUGAUGAAUGCUAUGACUGUGUGCUACAAGGCGGGUAAUCUCAUCACAGCAUCCAACUUUGCAAGGAGGCUCUUGGAGACCAACCCAACUGCUGAAAACCAGACAAAAACUGCCCGUUCCGUUAUGCAGGCUGCUGAGAGGAACAUGAAGGAUUCCACACAGUUGAAUUAUGAUUUUAGAAAUCCGUUUGUUGUUUGUGGGGCCACUUAUGUCCCGAUUUACAGGGGGCAGAAGGAUGUGUUGUGUCCAUACUGUAGUUCCCACUUUGUUGUUUCUCAGGAAGGGCAGCUUUGUACUGUUUGUGACCUUGCGGUGGUGGGAUCAGAUGCUUCUGCCUCGCUUCUUCAGUUUAAAUGUGUCUGGAUUCCCAAUUAGAGUUGUUGC